AUGGUCUUCGAUUGCUACGACUACAAUGCGGAACAAAAGGUCAAAAUUGCCACUGUGGAGUUCACCGACUACGCACUAGUUUGGUGGGACCAAGUACGGACCCACAGGAGAAGGAUGGGAGAACCACGAGUCCGGACGUGGCGAGAACUCAAGGCCUUGAUGCGCAAGCGGUUUGUUCCUAGUUACUACAAUCGCGAUCUCCACUCAAAACUUCAAACGCUCACGCAAGGCAAUAUGAGUGUGGAAGAUUAUUACAAAGAAAUUGAAAUGGCCAUGAUGAGGGCCAACAUCCAAGAAGAUAAUGAGGCCACAAUGGCUAGGUUUCUUAGAGGUCUCAAUCCAGACCUUCAAGACGCCUUGGAGCUACAACAUUACUUGGACAUGCACGACCUUCUGGAACUCGCCAUUAAGGCCGAGCGGGGGAAGAAGUUAAGACGAGGGGCACGUUUCUUCCCAUCUUCUAACACCUCUUCAUGGAGGGGCAACCAACCACGAAGAGCGACCCACGAAGCUGGAAGUGUGACAACACCAACUUCUUCUAACCGAAUUCAAGGUAACACCUCUUCCCGCAAUGCCUAUUCUACCCCUAACAAGGUUGCGGAGGCAUCCAGGACCACUUCCAGGGCACCACCAGAGACUCCGAAAGCUAGGACCCACAAUGGCGAAAUCGUGUCCGAUGAUGACGACUGCGAGGAGGUACCCGACUUGACCACUGGCAACCACCUGGAUGACGACUCUGUUGAGGAAGAUUGUUCGCCCACCCAAGGGGAGAUAGGGUGUUUGGUAGCACGACGAGUGCUCACCGCCCGGGUUAAGGAGGAUGAGCAACUACAACGGGAGAAUCUAUUCUACACCCGUUGCAAGGUAGGCGACAAGGUGUGCAGCCUCAUCAUCGACGGUGGGAGUUGCACCAACGUGGCAAGCUUACUCAUGGUUGAAAGCUUAGGCCUUCCAACCACUAGACACCCACACCCUUACCGCCUCCAAUGGUUAAGCGAGGAAGGAGAGGUACGUGUCUUCAAACAGGUACGCAUUCCUUUCUCCAUUGGUACUUACACCGAUGACAUUGUUUGUGACGUCGUGCCUAUGCAUGCCACCCACAUUAUCUUGGGGCGACCCUGGCAAUUUGACAAACACGUCACAUUCGACGGAAGGGCCAACAAGUACACCCUUUUGCAUGAUGGCAAACGUAAGGUCCUCACACCACUCACACCUGCACAAGUGUAUGAGGACCAACUCAAGCUGCAAAGAGAGUGUGAACAAGACCGUCAACAAAGGAAACAAAAGGCGGUUGACCCUGGGAAAGGUUCUAAUCUUGCAAGUGAGUCAUCCACCAAGGGUCAAGCAAGCACUCCUAGUGUCACGCCUGCGAAACCACCCACUGCACCUUCCACUAGGAAGCACAACAUGAUCAUUAAGGCCAAGGAUGUUAGGAAAGCUAUCAAUUCUGAUCAGCCGGUCCUACUCAUGAUUUGCAAGCAUGUACUCUUAGAUGUUGCUGAACUCGACAAGGUAUUGCCCGCAUGUAUGGUCACUCUGUUGCAAGAAUUCGAUGACGUGUUUCCCGACGAAGUCCCUGAUGGGCAAGUAGACGGCCUUCUAGGCAAGGGUUGGGUGAAGGAGAGUCUGAGCCCGUGCGCUGUGCCCGUGAUCCUUGUCCCCAAAAAAGACGGCACUUGGCGCAUGUGCACCGACUGUCGGGCUGUGAAUGCCAUCACUGUCAAAUAUCGGCAUCCCAUCCCUCGACUUGAUGAUAUGCUGGACGAACUCGACGGUGCCAUUAUUUUCACCAAAAUUGACUUGAGGAGUGGCUAUCAUCAAAUCCGAAUGAAGGAAGGCGAUGAGUGGAAGACGGCCUUCAAAACCAAACAUGUCGUAGUGAGCAAGAGCACUUGGAGCAUGUACGACUAG